AUGUAUGAGAAAAUUUUUGACGCUGAAUUGGUUGCCGGCGAGCUGGUGGAUAAUGUAAGAGCUGGAACGAAAGCCCCGCUUCAAGACUGCAUCGAGACGACGAAGCUGCUCUUAGAAACGCUACUAUCACAUUCCAGUGAUGAGACGUUAUCGGCAGUCCACCGGGCCCUCGACACGUUCAGCCCGGAUCUCGAAAAUUGCUUCGACGCGAGGCUGCUCACAGCGCUUGGGCGCAGUCUUGGGCAGUGGUUUGACGAGAAGUCCGAGCUAAGCUACUCCCUAUCCCAAGAGGACGACAGCCACAUCGAAGACAUGGGAAUUUUUGCCGAAAUUGCGGCAAAAACGGACCCCAGGAUACCAGAGCGAGUGGCAGCUGAAGACAACUUUGAUUUUGUGCUGAAGCUAAAAGCAUUGUAUGUUAUGGACCAAAGCUACAAAGUACGAAUCGGGGCGAUACGGUUACUUAACAACCUGACCGCCAUAAUUCCGGCAGUAAGAAGAUGCCUGGUCGAUACGGAGCUACCUUCUGUGCUAGCACCUCUGAUCAGCGACCAGCGAACCAGCGCUGAAGAGCGGAAAAUGGCUGUCGAGCUCCUCGACCAAUGGGCAGCUACUGGAGAGCCACUACCAUUAGUGCAUCUACCUUUUCUAAACGCCAAUUUCUUCAAAGCUUUGAUCUCCCUGCAUGAAGAUCGCUCAGCCCUGAAGCUCCUCAUCAAUCUCUAUGCCAGCAGCCCGGCUGAGACGCAGGAGCUCGCCAUGCAAGCCCUAAGCGAUUCGAAGAAUGGAAAUCUUGCCAACCACUUGCUAGAAUACACAAAUACGACCCCGACGGCUGCAUCGUUUUUCUUGUUGAGUCGACUUUUAAGCUUACCGGAGGAACAGGUCAACGACCUCUUCUACCACAACGAUCUCUCUGUCGCAGCCACGAUUUCGAGCCGGGAAUUGUUGAAUAGUGUGGACGACAAGGUCCAAGACUACUGCCUCCAGACGCUCGAGGCCCUUGCUAAGCUCGGCGUUCGGGAUUAUUGCAUGAGAGAGGCACUGGAAGGGUAUCACAGCUUC